AUGGUCUACGGCGUCAUGCUAUUUGUUCCAGUCCUGACACACCUGUGCGCUGGCGUCAUCGCUGCGCCCGCCCCGGCAACACCUCAGCUGCCCCUUGCAGCUGGCGCACUCGCGCAGCACCCACUGGGCGACAUACCACCGCCGCCGCCGCCGCCAAUUACAGAAGAGACGAAGGCUGCCCAGUCCAGAAAGCUGCAUGGCCGGUUCCUGCACAUCACAGACUUCCACCCUGACGAAUUCUACAAAGUCCACACCUCCACCGCUCAGGGCCGUGCCUGCCAUAGUGGCAAGGGCCCUGCAGGAACAUACGGCGCCGAGACCUCGGACUGCGACACUCCCCUAUCCCUCGUCAAUGCCACAUUUGACUGGAUAGUCACCUCCAAACUCCGCGACGAGAUCGAUUUCGUCAUUUGGACCGGCGACAGUGCCCGCCACGAUUCUGACGAGGACAUACCAAGGUCGCCCGCUCAAGUCCUCGGCACGAACCGCCUGCUGGCCAACAAGUUCGCCGAGACCUUUUCCGACGACAAAAACGGCGUCAACGUGCCAGUUAUCCCCACCUUUGGCAACAAUGACAUCCUGCCACAUAAUGUCCUCAUGCCCGGGCCCAACAAGUGGCUGAGGUACUACACCGACAUCUGGCAUCACUUCAUCCCCGAGGAGCAGCGCCACAGCUUUGAGUUUGGAGGCUGGUUCUACGUCGAGGUCAUCCCGAACAGGCUCGCAGUCUUCAGCCUCAACACGCUGUACUUCUUCGACAGGAAUGCCGGCGUUGACGAUUGUGUCAAGCCAUCCGAGCCUGGCUUCAAGCACAUGGAGUGGCUGAGGGUUCAACUGCAGUUCAUGCGGGAUCGCGGCAUGAAAGCUAUCCUCAUGGGCCACGUGCCACCAGCUCGGACCGACAGCAAAAUGCUCUGGGAUGAGACCUGCUGGCAGAAAUACACCCUAUGGCUGAAACAGUACCGCGACGUUGUCAUCAGUGGUCUCUACGGCCACAUGAACAUUGACCACUUUGUCCUCAUGGACACAAGCGAGAUCGACAUUCGGCCCGCCGAGGUCCAGUAUGAGAUCGAGGGCGGGGAUGGGGACCAGGAUGGAGAUGAACUCAUUUCUGAUCGUGAGAACCUCGAGGAUGAGGUCUCGUUGCAGUCAGCCACCGAUUACCUCGAGGAACUUCGUGAGGGGUGGGCCAAGCUACCAAACCCAAACCGGCCUAAAACUCUAGACUUCGAAUCGAAAAGUAACAGGAGCAACAAGAACAGCAACAAGAAGGAGGAGGAGGAGGAGGAGGAGAAGAAGAAGAAGAAGAAGAAGGGCAAGAAUGGUAAGGGCAAGGGCAAGCUUGACAGCGAAUGGGCCGAGCGAUACCACUUGGCCCUUGUCAGCCCGAGCAUCGUGCCAAACUACUUCCCAACACUCCGAGUGUUCGACUACAACAUCACCGGGCUUGAGGACGCAGUGACAUGGGCGGACUACACCAAGAGAUUACCGACGGCCCCCCAUGAGUAUGACCCGGAGGACAUGACCGGCACGGAGCUGGAACUUCGCGGUUUGGACGAUGAUGUUGAGACGAGCAGAUACAAGGGCAAGAAGCCGAAGAGGCCAAAGGGCGACAAAAAGAAAAAGAAGGGAAAGAAGCACAAGGACCCCAACCUGGUCGUCCCUGAGCCCCCCUCCAAGUCAUCGCCCCCGGGACCUGCGUACUCACCACAGUCACUGACCCUCACUGGCUACAAGCAAUACUACGCGAACCUAACUUAUAUCAACAAUGAUAUCGCGCCACAGUCCAAGGAUGUUGAUAUUGAAAAGUGGCGCAAAGGCAAGCACGGCAACAAGGUGCCAAAGAACAAGAGACCCAAGCCUCGGGAGUUCCAGUUUGACAUAGAGUACACGACGUACGACGACAAGCUCUACAACCUGACCGACCUGACGGUCAGGAGUUUUGUUGAGCUGGCGUACCGGAUGGGCAAAACUGCAAAGACCAAGACUACUGAACUGCUCCUGCCUGGUGGCGACCUCGCUGGCAACCUGGAAGAUUUUGAUGUUGAAGAGCGUGGGGAUCUUGUCAUCAAUGAAGACAGCCACGACUCGGCCGAACAGUAUGACGAAGAGGGCACCGACAGGCCUGAACCCGGUGGCGUAGAAACCGAGAAGAAGAGGAAGAAGAAGGAAAAGAAGAAGAAAAAGGGCAGGAAGCCCAACAAGAUCUGGCUUCACUUCCUCAGGCACGCAUUUGUCAGCACGGUUGAUGACGACGAACUGAAGGACAAGUUCUCCUAG